UCUCUGUCCCCCCUCCAUAGCGUGAAUGCAUCUCUGUUCAUGUCGGACAAGCUGGAGUUCAGAUUGGCAAUGCAUGCUGGGAGCUUUUCUGCUUGGAACAUGGCAUCCAGCCGGAUGGGACCUUUCAGAACCAGCCCAGCAAGUUCACUGACGACGACUCUUUCACUACAUUCUUCAGUGAAACACGGUCAAGGAAGCAUGUGCCACGGGCGGUCAUGGUGGACCUGGAACCCACCGUUGUAGAUGAAGUGCGGGCAGGCACAUACCACCAGCUUUUCCACCCAGAACAGCUGAUUACCGGCAAGGAAGAUGCCGCUAACAACUAUGCCCGUGGUCACUACACAAUUGGCAAGGAGACCAUCGACAUAGUCCUGGAUCGCAUUCGCAAACUGACUGACUCCUGCUGCGGCCUACAGGGAUUCCUGAUUUUCCACAGCUUCGGUGGGGGCACGGGCUCCGGCUUCACCUCCUUGCUGAUGGAGCGCCUGUCCGUGGACUACGGCAAGAAGUCCAAGCUGGAGUUUGCCAUCUAUCCGGCCCCCCAGGUCUCCACCGCAGUGGUGGAGCCCUACAACUCCAUCUUGACCACCCACACCACCCUGGAGCACUCCGACUGCGCCUUCAUGGUGGACAACGAAGCCAUCUACGACAUCUGCCGCCGCAACCUGGACAUCGAGCGCCCCACCUACACCAACCUGAACCGUCUCAUCAGCCAGAUCGUCUCCUCCAUCACCGCCUCCCUGCGCUUCGACGGCGCCCUCAACGUGGACCUGACCGAGUUCCAGACCAACCUGGUGCCCUACCCUCGCAUCCACUUCCCGCUGGUGACCUACGCGCCCAUCAUCUCCUCCGAGAGGGCCUACCAUGAGCAGCUCUCCGUGGCGGAGAUCACCAGCUCCUGCUUCGAGCCCAACAACCAGAUGGUGAAAUGCGACCCCCGCCACGGGAAGUACAUGGCCUGCUGCAUGCUGUACCGGGGUGAUGUCGUGCCCAAAGACGUCAACGUGGCCAUCGCUGGGAUCAAGACGAAGAGGACCAUCCAGUUUGUUGACUGGUGCCCAACUGGAUUCAAGGUUGGCAUCAACUACCAGCCUCCCACUGCAGUCCCCGGGGGUGACUUGGCCCAAGUUCAGAGAGCUGUUUGCAUGCUCAGCAACACCACCGCGAUCGCCGAGGCCUGGGCGCGGCUGGACCACAAGUUUGACCUGAUGUACGCCAAGCGGGCUUUCGUACACUGGUACGUCGGCGAAGGCAUGGAGGAAGGAGAGUUUGCCGAGGCCCGAGAAGAUUUAGCAGCUCUGGAGAAAGACUACGAGGAAGUCGGCAUGGAUUCCGUAGAAGAGGAAAACGAUGCGGAAGAAUUUUAA